CUUGGAAAGUUGGGUCUCCUCACUUCCGAACACUCCGACUACUCCGCACACCAUGUCCCGACCACUGCGCGCGCUGAGCCUCGCGCACACGCUCUCGGGGCCCUCGCGCCCGCUCGCGCGCCCGCUCGUCGUCGCGGCCCCGCCCGUGCUGGCGCGCAACGCCUCGUGGUUCAAGAACAUCGGGUUCGGGCUGCCCGAGACGUGGCGCCGCAACAUGAAAAAGGGGGAGGAGAAGGAGGCGGUGCCCGAGCCGCAGCAGGGGAGCGUGUUCGACGCCGUCGUAGAGGACAAGGCGGAGGAGGUGCAAGCCAAGCGGCGGCCGCCUCCCAAGGACACGCGCUUCAAGUCCGCAUUCCGCAAAAUGUCGCACCGCAAGCUCAACGACAUCGGCCGUCUCGUCGCCGGCAUGCCGGCCGACGAAGCGAUCCUGCAGCUGCAGUUCAGCGAGAAGCGGGCCGCGCGCACAUGGGUCAAGAGCACGCUCGCGUUUGCGCGGGACCACGCGGUGGCGCGCGGCCUCCGCCGUGACCGGCUGGUCGUGCAGGAGGCGUGGGUCGCCAAGGGCAAGAAGGAGGCGCGGGUGGACAUCAAGGGCCGCGGGCGGAUGGGCGUCAAGCACCACCCGCGCGCGCGCAUCCAUUUCGUGUUGGCCGAAGGCAAGACGUGGGCUGAGAAGCGCGAGGCGGCCGACGCAAAGGUGCUCCACAAGGUGCGGAGCGCCGGGGUCGUGCGUGAAGACGGCAAGCUGCGGCGUAAGGUCGUCAGCGGGUGGGCGUGGUAGGGAGAGGGGAGCAUGCAACAUCUCUGCA